AUGGAAGUAAAAAUUAAAAUUAAGGAAGAGUUUGUGGAAGGUCACCUAAAAUAUAUAAAGAGUCAGUUAUGCUUAACCACAAAUCUUGAAAAUUUGAAGAGUGAACCAGAAAACAAUUCAGGUAGUACAAGAAGUAAGAUUAAUGCUAAACAAUGUGAGCUAGCUGAAAUUAAGGAAGGUUUUUUUGAAGGUAAUCCAAGAUAUAUACAGAGUCAACUAUCCUCAUCCACAAAUCUUGGAGAUUUUGGGAAUAAACCAAGAGACAAUUCAGGUAUGGAAAUUAAAAAUGCGAUUAAGGAAGGACUUUUUGAAGGUGAUCCAAAAUAUAUUGAGAGUCAGAUAUCCACAUCCACAUAUCUAGAGGAUCUGAAAAAUGAGUCAGAAGAUAACUCUGCGACUCAGGAUACUUUAGAAAGUCAAGAGACUGUGAAAGCUCAGGAAACUGUUCAAAGAACACAAGACAAAUUCGCUACUCUAGCCCAUACUUCCCGAAUCCGAAAGAAAAGAGGUGCUGAUGAUGAAAAGUUAGACGCCGCAUUUGCAGUACUAACGAAGGUUGCAAAAGCCCAAGAAGAUUCAGAUUGUAGUGAAUAUACGAUCUUUGGAAAACUAGUGGCGUCCAAACUAAAAAAGUAUUCCAAUGCUACAGCGUCAAUUGUCCAAGAAAAAAUAAUGGCUGUUUUAUUUCAAGCAGACAGAGGAACCUUUGAACAAUAUAUACAAAGCCCUACUUCCUCAGUACAUUCUAACAAUUCUUCAAUAUCUACAUAUUCCAAUCCAAUACCUCACUCAUCUGAAUCCCAAUUUUCACCGCAAUCCUUUCAAACAAUACCAUAUUCCACGCCAACAUAUAUACAGUCCCAAGCCAAUGAUUCCAAUAUAAUUUCCCCGACCAUGUUCUCUAUAGAUAUGCCCAGUUUGGACUUAAAUUAA